AUGCCAACAGGGAUUGCAAGAUACUGGGAUUCACUGGAAGGCAAUGAUUACCUGGAUCAGUGUCAACCGCACACCGGUCACUUCCCACGUUUGGAUGACUGCCAAAAGCAGUGGCUCUCUGAGUUGAGUUCGACGACAGAACCAGAAUGUCAGUCGAUUCUUUACGCAAAAUCGUUGCUGGACGACGGAACCGAUUCGGCUACGCCAGUAAUUCAAGAGCUACAACAGUUACCAGAACCGCAGCCGAAGAUUCCUGUCGGGUUCAGGUUAGGUAUUACCGAUAUUCUUGUUUUGGUCCGAAGUGAAAGCUCGGGUGCUAUUGAACCCCCUCGUGCCUAUUUUCCCAGGUUUCUAUCCGGUAAUUUGGUAGACAUAUUUAGCCUAAAAAUAAUCAGAGAAAUACCGUAUAUAGACUCAUUGGCCUAA